AUCGCCGACUCGCUAACCUUGUGCAUCGCGCUACCAGGCGUUCGAGUCGAUCAUCGCACACCGCGGCAAGCCGAUCCGGGUCACAGAAGAAAUCACCCGGGAAGAGAGGGCGCAGAAAAAUCAUUACCCCGCCGAAGAGUCAUCAUCAUGGCGUCCAACGGCGACAAGUUCGGCAACGACAUCGAGUCUGACUCCGACUCCGGCAACGAGUCGCAGGUCGAGGCUCACGAGUCUGACCACGAGGUUUCCGAAAAGCCCAUCAAGUCAGCUUUGAAGAAGACCCCGGCACCUGCCCCCGCCGUCCAGCGACCGCCGUUGCCGCCCCAGACAGACCCCAAAGAUCUUGACAUCAAAGCCCUGAGUCCUCUGACCCCCGAAAUUAUUGCGCGGCAAGCAACCAUCAAUAUCGGAACCAUCGGCCAUGUCGCUCACGGAAAGUCAACCGUGGUGAAGGCCAUCUCCGGUGUGCAGACGGUCCGUUUCAAGAACGAGCUGAUCCGCAACAUCACCAUUAAGCUUGGUUAUGCCAACGCCAAGAUCUACAAGUGUGACAACCCAGAAUGCCCGCGGCCAACAUGCUACCGGAGCUACAAAAGCGAGAAGGAGGUGGAUCCCCCUUGCGAGCGGGAGGGCUGCUCGGGGACAUACAGGCUACUACGUCACGUCUCGUUUGUUGAUUGCCCUGGUCACGAUAUUCUGAUGAGCACCAUGUUGUCAGGCGCCGCCGUCAUGGACGCCGCAUUACUGCUUAUUGCCGGCAACGAAUCGUGCCCUCAACCGCAGACCUCGGAGCACUUGGCGGCUAUUGAGAUCAUGAAGCUCGACAAGAUCAUCAUCCUCCAAAACAAGGUCGAUCUUAUGCGGGAAGAGGCGGCCAAGCAGCACUACGAGUCAAUUCUCAAAUUCAUCCGGGGCACCGUGGCCGGCAAGUCUCCCAUUAUCCCCAUCUCGGCCCAGCUCAAGUUCAACAUUGACGCCAUCAACGACGCCAUCGUCAACACCAUCCCUAUCCCUCCUAGGGAUUUCUCUAUGGACCCCACCAUGAUUGUUAUCCGCUCUUUCGACGUUAACAAGCCCGGUGCCGAGAUCGAGGAGCUUAAGGGUGGUGUCGCUGGUGGCAGUAUCUUGCAUGGUCUGUUAAAGCUCGGCGAUGAGAUUGAAAUUCGGCCUGGUAUAGUUUCGCGCGACGACAAGGGCAACCUGAAGUGCACGCCCAUCUUCAGCCGGAUUGUCUCGCUCAACUCGGAGGCCAACGACCUCAAGUACGCCGUCCCCGGCGGUCUCAUCGGUGUCGGCACCCGCAUCGAUCCUACUCUCUGCCGUGCCGAUCGCCUGGUUGGUUUCGUGCUGGGUCUCAAGGGCCGCUUGCCCGAGAUUUACAGCGAGAUCGAGGUCAAUUUCUACCUGCUCCGUCGCCUGCUCGGUGUCCGCACGGCGGACGGCAAGCAGGCCAAGGUCGACAAGCUGGCCAAGAACGAGGUCAUCAUGGUCAACAUUGGCUCCACAUCGACCGGCGCCAAGGUUGUCGCCAUCAAGAAGGAUGCCGCCAAGCUGCAACUCACCAGCCCGGCAUGCACUAAUAUUGGCGAGAAGGUCGCCCUCAGCAGACGUAUUGAGAAACACUGGCGUCUCAUCGGUUGGGCUACUAUCGCAGCCGGUGUCACGCUGGAGCCCAGCAGCUCCUAAGUGUCUUUCUUUUCCACGAGUGCAAUGAAAAGGGCAUGAGCUUUGAGGAGCGGGCAGGGUCAGCAUUUCCCGGGGCGCAGGGUUUGUCUGGGUCCAAGUUAUAUGCAGUGAGCAUGUGGCCGGCGGCCAUACAUAUCAAUGAUGUCGUGGGCUCGUAUGGUCAUGGAUGAGUGGUCUCCAGGUUCGUCUGUUUCGCGCGGGAAUGGUAGACGAAAAACAAAAGCGGGGAUUAGGGUGUUAGAACAUUAUUAUGCAGCCAGAUACAGCGUUGUCUGCCUUCUUGUCCGCUGCCUCCAUCUAGCCAUCAGGAUGAUAUGGCACUCAGAAUGGCUGUAAUCCGGAACCUUCAGGUCUCUACACUCCUUCGAACUACCCCUUCUCUAAUA